AUGGUCCAGCUCAGCGGGGGCGGACGUCUGGACGCAGUGCUGUGUCUCUGGGCAGCGGCGGGAGGAAAGCGUGGAGCGGUUUAUCAGUACACUGAGAACAUAUCAAAAGAAGAUGCAAAAACAUCAGGGGAAGUUCCAGGCAGCAGUAACGCGACCUCAUCCUCCUCAUCCUCCUCCACCUCCUUCACCGCCUCUACCUCCACCACCAGCACCACCACCACCUCCGGCACCAGCGGGGACACGAGCUCACUCAAGAAUAUCAAGCUAGAAAUGAAUGACGAAAAGCGGCUCCUUGACUCCUUGAUGACUGGAUAUGACAGGAAUGUAAGGCCGGUCAGGAACGCGUCCAACCCUAUUGUGAUCCAGCUGGGCAUCACUCUAACGCAGAUCUUCGACAUGGAUGAAAAGAACCAGGUGUUGACGACGAACGUGUGGCUAGACCAGGAGUGGGUGGACGAGCUGUUGCGAUGGGACAAGAGCGAGUACAAUGGUCUGGAGACGAUUAGGUUGCCGUGCGAGAAGAUCUGGCUACCGGACAUCGUGCUAUACAACAACGCGGACGACUACACGCGAGGCUACAUGCAGAGUAAGGCAAUGGUGGGUCACCAAGGUAAGGUGUUCUGGCCGCCGCCUACUAAGUUUCGCUCCACCUGCCCCGUCGACGUCACCUAUUUCCCCUUCGACGACCAAACGUGUAUCCUCAAACUGGGCUCCUGGAUUUACGACGGCUUUCAGGUUGACGUCACCAACAGGACGGCAGAGGUGGACCUGACUAACUACAUCCCUAAUGGCGAAUGGGAGCUGCUGGAGGCGAGAAUCAUCAGGAACGUCAUCUAUUACUCCUGCUGCCCAGAGCCCUUCCCUGACGUCACCAUCACCAUCACUAUCAGGCGCAAGACCCUCUACUACAUGUACAACGUGGUGCUGCCCUGUAUGAUGAUGUCCGUGCUCACUCUCCUCGUGUUCUGCCUCCCGCCGGACUCAGGAGAGAAGAUCGCCCUGGGAGUCACUGUUCUGCUCGCCUUCAGUGUCUUCAUGCUUGCCAUCGCAGAGAAAAUGCCUGAGACCUCAGAAUCCAUCCCGCUGAUUGGCAUUUACCUCACCGCCGUGAUGACCAUUACCUCCAUCAGCAUCAUCAUGACAGUCAUCGUCCUCAACUGUCACUACCGCGGACCCAUUCAGAGGGAAGUCCCGCCCUGGAUGAAAAGGGUGUUCUUACGCAGCCACAGCUCCAAUAAGUGCAAGAGUGGCUCCUCUACCGCCGCCGCCACCACUGUCACCACUCGGGCGAGACGGGGCUUCUUCGGCAGAGGACUCAAGCGACGGCGGCCCAAGACGACGAAAAACAAUGGCGAGGACGUCAACCUUACGAACUCCAACGCUCACGCCAGGGUCGUCACCACAGCCCUAUAUGGGGACUUCUCCAAUAACGUUUCCAAAGACCACCACGUGUCCAAGAGUGACACAAUUCGCCUGACGGUGGAGAAUGUUGGGGACGACCUGAAGGAAGGUGGGCAGGGCGACUAUUCCAGCGCCGAGGACCUGCACAACCUCAACAUUGGGUGGCGGGACUACAACAACGACACUAACACCUACAGGAGGAACACCACUGCCAACAGCACGUACAGCCCAAAUCUGGCCGCGGUGAGCACCAACCGCGCCCAGGAGGAAAUCAUCAGGGCGCUCAAGAUCCUACUGAGCCGCCAGGAGCGCGAGGACGCCGAGAAGAAGCGGCUGAACGAGUGGCGCGUCAUCGCCAUCGCCGUGGACCGGAUCUUGUUCUGGAUAUUCUUCAUCGUCACGACCGUGAGCUCCGUGGUGUUCCUGGUGAUCCUGCCGGUGGUGAAGCGCUCCGAGUACGUCCGUAAUACCUGAGAUCGCCUGGGUGCCCCAAGCAGUGCACCAGUAUAGUGCUAAUUGUGCCCUCGUCCUCCCCUAGGUGGCUGUAAGUGACCACGAGCCGCUGAUACCUUCCCUCCAGGUGGACCCUGAGAUCUCUUUGUCUUGGUCUGUGUCGCGCCCAGCCACACUCGUCCUCUUCAGCGGUGGUAGAGCGCUUACUCUCUUUGACUCACGAGUGUUUCCAGGAGAAUCCUGAACUCUGUCUUCUUGUAUUGCGAUUAGAAUUACGAGAAAAGAAGCUGACGGGAUGACAUGAAGAAAUGUAACGUAGCCUGCGGAUGGUGCUAUUGUUGUAGGAAAGAGUUUAAUCUUUCUACCACGUUUGAAGGCACACUUUUUGGCCGGGGACGGCAGCGCGGGCCGUGGUCGGCGUGUCCACUCUGUGAUAAUGGCUUCCAGGUCCCUCACGACUAUCGUCACGUUGCAGCAACAGGUAGAACAAGAUCGGUGCUUUCUCUGCCUUUCAACGGGACACGUUUAGCAUAGUUGUGUGUGGGCGCUCGACGUCACAACUGACCCACUCGAGUAUCUCAUUUGUACAUCGCUGAAGAGGCUGCUAUGUUGUAUAAAGGUUAAUAAUACUAUGCCUAUAAGUUGUUACCUGCCAUCUCUAGCGAUGGUUUAGAGGAGGGCCUCCAGGGUGUCCCAGGCGACGGGGAAGCGUCACCUUCGCCUUACACUUGUCUCGUGGUCAAGGGAGUCUCUCGUCUCAAUCCUGCUGUCGGCGAGGCGGGCGGGCCGUGGGUGACUCCGCCGUAUUUGUAAGCCUUAACAAAUAUGAUGUAUAUGAAAUUGAUUUAUAUUAGUAUAGAUAUGCCUCAAAAUAUAUAUAUGGAGAAUAUAUAUAUAUUCAAAUAUAAAUAUAUUAACCUUUAGUCCUCAUACGAAUUAGUAGAAAAAUCAUUAUAUAACUGCACAAAACUUCCCGGGCAAGUUAAGAGUUACCGUGGAAGGUCGUGUUGGCUUCACCGUGUCUACUUUGUCUGCGCCACCGCCGCACUCUAAGGGCGCUCUGUCCCAAACUGAUGCGAGCAACAACUUGUGUCGGAGAUGCAUACAACGCCACCCUACCUACACCAUGACCCCCUCCCGCCGAAGAGCUGCGUCCCUAACCACCAAUGUACUACUACUUCCUCUCAUCCCUUCCUUGGCGAACGUCCCUGAAUCUCAGCACAUCAGGUCCUUCUCUUCUCCCUCCAAGUCCCUGAGCUAAUAAUAAUGUGGAGUGACUAGCUGGUGACCGUUGCUAAUCCCAAAUCCAUUAACGCCUCUUGGUCCCCACUCACGCCUCUUGGAUUCCUCUCACCCACCCACUCACUCACUCUACUCGCGUGCGUAGCGUCUUAGGCACCUAGCAGCCUAUGUGUAUUUUGCUGCUAACAAGGGAUUCAAUACGGGUUCCGGGCGGGAUUUGCAAGACCGAACCUUUGACAAGAUACGGGACAGGUGUAUGUGUGUGUGUGUGUGUGUGUGUGUGUGUGUGUGUGUGUGUGUGUGUGUGUGUGUCCGUCACGAUAAUUACACACACCCUCGAGGAAAUAAUCUUCAUAUCACUUCAUUUAUGUGAGGUUUUCGUAUGCACUGCGAUGAGUCUGCAGAAGAGCUCAAGGGUUUAGAGAGGCCGUAGUUUGGAGGUAGUGGAGGUGGAGAUGGUGGUGGUGGUGGUGUUAGCGCUGGCAUUGGUUAGGGUGGUUUGGGUCCUCUCACAGACACGAUUUUUUUCUGAAAGUUCUCCAGCUCGUAGAAAUUUGUCGCUUCGAUACAAAAUAAAGAAACGGGUCUUCAAGUAAAAAAAUACGUUUGUAAAUCUUCACUGUGGACCCUGAACUCCUUUUGUCGACGGUGACAUCUUGCCGAGUGAGAAGUGACGGAGGAGGGAGACUUUUCGAGGUAGAAGCGUUAGUCUGGCGUAGGUGAAUAUGUUUAUGUGACGUUGACUCUUAGUCUAA